GAGCGGCGCCAGGACACUGAGACCGCUGGUCCCCUCGAGGUAUACUCCGCCGUUCUGGCUCCUUUCGGCUCAAGCUGCUCGACCAGCAGGCCCCGUGACGCCCAGGAGUGGACCUGAACGGUGGUUUGGCGAUUUCGUGGACCCGAAAACAAAACGACAACGAAAAACGUUCAGCCCUGGUGGCGCCCCCGCCCGCGGCGUGCGCUCCCCUCCGCCCCCGAGCCCGCGGCCCGCCCCCCCCCCGCGGCAGAGCACCCCAUGGCGCUCACCGCCCGGGCCUCCGCGGCCCUGGCGCUCGUCCUGGCGGCGGCCGGGGCGGCGCCCCCCGAGGGCUGCGCUGCGGCGGAGAGCGACGGGGUGGGCCUGCUGCAGGCGGCGGGCCGCAGCGCGCAGGUGCGGAGCCGCUCCGACGCGCCGGGCGGGGGGUGGGUGCCCCGGACUGCGACGUGCGCCAUCACGGACGUGGAGUGCGGGACGGGCUGCUGCGGCGUGACCAGCACGUGCACCGCGGACCAGAAGUGCGAGAAGAUGUUCGGCGACAUCGUGGACCCCACCCCAGGCAAGGUCGGGUGCCCGAUCGCCUUCAAUGACCACGGCGACGACGGCUGCUGUCCUGCAGCCACGCUCCUGGGCCCGCCAGAGACGUGCCUGGAGCUGACGUGCGAGAACAUCCUGCAGUACGACUGUGGCAUCGCAUCGGGCGGGUCGCCGACUUGCACGGAGGGCGGUGAGAUGCCCGCGGGCGCGGACUUCACCAUGGGCAUCAAAGCGACGCCGAAGGUCUAUCGGACCUGCACGCUCGACGGGAAGAGCUGCUACGAGUACUCGGUGAACAUGGCAGGUUUCUCGAUCACGAACAGCACUUCCAGUCCAGACUGUGGCCACACAUCAACAAGGACCACGAGCACGCGAUGAUCACGCAGCCUUCUUUACAACCCCCGAGGCACUGAGUCAGCCGCCGGUGCCAGAGCGCGCGUCCCCCUUGGGUCUUCUUCUCUUCCUCCCUCCUCCCUGUCUCCUUGGUUGCCCACUCCGCUCCUCCCCUUGCUCCCGCACGGGCGUCGCGCUCCGGCACGGGUGGGCUGGCGCCGCCGGCUGUUUUUGACGGCGCUCCAGGCGCGAGAGGAGAGGUGCUCCGCCGUGACCCUUCGAGGGUGGACCUAAAGGGUGUUUUUAGUGAUUUCGUAGGCCGUUUUCGCUUCGACUUCGUUUUGCGGUAAAGGCGGAUCCGAGACAAA